UAUUUUGUCGUUACCAUUUUGUCAUUCGUUCCUACCUUUGUAUUGUUGUUGUUUUGUGUAAACGAUUUAUACUUGUAUUAUUUUUAUGUUCCUUGUAUUAUUCACUGUGUGAAUUAUUGUUAAACUUUUAUUUGUAUUAUCUUUGGUCGUCUCGCUACAAUUUUGUCUCCCGCCUCGAGAACCGAAUUUUUCGCCGUUACGGGCUCGAAGCCGCUCACGUUUUGCCGUACGACCUCACUCACUUUUACGCUCUCGAAUCGACUCGAGCAGCCCAACGUCUCGGCUCUUACGACCGACGACCCGAGCGAAACGACCAUUUUUAGUUUAACCUGUCUUAGUUUUUCAAUAAAAUAUUUAAUCGACCACCGAACGUUUUGCGCAUUUUCCUCAUAUAAAAAAACCUUCUGAUCCAGGAGUAAACGUAGUGUUCUGCCGGCGCCCGUGUCACGUUACGACCACCGUCGCUUUUGGCAGCACCGGUAGACACCACACUAUCAUUGAUUAUAGAAUAUUCUAUAAUCAAUGGUUGCUAUCAUAGGCUAUUUCAUCUUCUGAUUUCCAUAUUACUUAUAGUAGUUGACAGUUGUAGUUGUAGACCGUAGAGAAGUUUCAAGUUAGUAGUUUUACUCAAUAGACUAUAUUGCCGACAGUUAAGUAGUCCGUUGUCCUUGUUGGAGACAGAUAGCUGAUUGUAAAAUAAUAAGAUAUUAUUAAAUAGUAUAUUAUAAGUUAUUGAGUUCCUGACAGUUUACUAAUUUAAAAUUAACAACUUACAAUUAUUAUUACACGAUUUGAACAGAUUUGAACUGAUUUUAUUAUGUCAAACGAAAAUGUGGUAGGUCACCAGUGCAAGAAACUAAAUAAUUUUAAUAAUGAAGAUGAACUAUUGGAUAUUUCACAUUCCUCUGAAAAUUUUAACAGUAUUGAUAAAUUGAAUUUGUCUAAUGCUCAUGAAAAAAAUAAUUUUACAACAUCUACUAUGUUGACCAAUUCAGAUGAUAUUUCUGACGAAAAAAUAAUUGAAACCAAUAUUGUCCAUGGCUCAAGUCAGUUAAACGAAGCAGAGUGUAAAUUUAUAAUUGAGAAAAUAGUGUCAAAUACAGGUCUAACUAUUUUGAAUAGUCAAGAUGAAAACUUAUUAUUUGAAUUAAUAGCAAAAAUGAAUGGUAAUAUUUCUAGUACAAAUACAGAAUUGUCAGAUAUAAAUACCCAACAGUUUAUGGAAUUACAUUUAAAAAAAGCUUACCAACUACUAAAUGCAUUUUCACAAAAUAUAGAUUUAGAUAGUUCUAAGACACAUACUAUUAAACAAAUAGAUUCAGACAAUUCAACUGUAAUUUCACCACUGCCUUUGAUUAAUGAAUUAAGAAAUCCAGAAAUCAAAAACAAUGAUUCAAUUGUAGUUGAUGAUCCAAACAAAUUGGAACAGUUAAAUUCUACAUCUCCUAAAAUUGAUCUUAAGUUGUCUACUCAAGAUCAUUAUGUUGAACGUCUGGGUGAAGACCAAGAUGCAGAAAUAAUUGCAUUUGGAGCUAUGUGUGAGAAAUUGUUAAAAAUUGGAGCAGUUGAUAACAAUAUAACAAUGAAGGAAAAUAAUCAAUUAAACAAACAUGUUUUUAAACAAGUGAGCCAUAAUGUAAUAAAUUGCUCAAACAGCACAAAAUAUGAACCAAGUACAUCUAAAUUAAAUUCUUAUAAAGGUGCUAGAGAUAAUUCAAAACGUGUAGCUCGCAAAAGACAUCAAAUCAAUGAUUUAAGGCUUGAUUCAUCUGAUGAUAGUUCACCUGAAUAUUCAAGCGGACUAUCUUUAAAGCAAUUUAAUUCCAAAAGCAAAAUAUCAAAAAUUGAUUCUAAGUGUUAUUCAAAUACAAUUGUAAUUCAACCAAAGAAUGUAAAGAAAAUAAAAUUAUCUAAUUUAAAAUUUGAAGAUAAAGAGGUUGAUUGUAUGUUAAUUGAAAAUAAACUUCCAAAGGUUCAAAAUGUAAUAAAUGAUUUAAAAUGCAAAAAAAUAAAUGAUGAUUCAUUGGUACAAAACAAAUUAUUAAAAGAAAAUCAGACAAUAUUUUAUUUUUCAUCUACUGGAAAAGUGCACAAUGAUAUGUUAAAUUCUAUCAAGAAAAAACGUUGUUAUUUGAUUAAAUAAUUUAUAGAGGUACAUUGUAUUUAUCUAGAAAUAACAAAAUAUUCAAAGUACCAAUUUUGAAUUAUUUAUAAAUGUUUUUUAUAUUAUAUUAUUUCAAAGUCUAUGUAGGUAAAAAGUUGUUGAUGUUGUAUUUAGAUAUUAAAAAAAUUUGACUGAUUAUAAAAUAUUAUAUUCCAAAAACUUUUUGUUUAAUUUAUUGCAUUAAUCAUAACAAUUUAUUUUAGU